AUAUGAGGGGGUGACUAUCGAUAAGCCAGAGGCAUCGAUUUGCUCACAUUUCUUGGGUGUUUUAGCGUGAAAAAACGCCUAAAUAAACGAAUCGGCAUAGUGUCAGGCCAGAAAGUCCAACCAACGGAUCGCCGUUCGCGCCGCAGUCGAGGAUUGGAGCAGCCGACGCCAACGAAGGCGCCGAAAAAACGUAGCACCAGCCGUCAGCCGUCGCAGCCGAGUGUUUACUGGGCAAGGGGUACAGCGGAGGAGGGAGUGGGAGUUCGUGCGUGUGUAUGUGUGCGCCAGUGAGUGGGCAGAGGCAGCGGCAGAGGAGCAGCAGCGGAUGUAGCUCGUUGCCCGGACCCCGCAGUGGAUACCACGAAAAGCGAUCGUAAACGUACGUAGGCCAACUUGGAGGCACAAAGAAAAUAAACACUGGAAACCGAAGACGAGGCCUUCUGGAACAGAAAAGCUCAACAGCCGCAGCCGCGUCGGUGACCGCACCCUAAUGUCAAAUAGCCAAGCAAAUGCCGGCAACAGCGGUAGCGCGGUAGCGGAUGAACCGAGCCAGCACCACCCCCCCUUGACGGCCGCACCAGCAAAUGCAUCCUGCCCAGCAGCGACGCCAGCGUCGCAGUCGACGCAGCUGCCGGCGCCGCAGUCGCAGCAGGCGCCCCCGCACAUAGUUGGUGCCUCAACAGCUGAUGCAGGCAGCGGCGUUGCGGUCGGUGUUAGCGAAGGUGUCAAUCUGGACUCGUCGCCACGCGAGUCUGGUGACGAUUCGGAGGAUGAGAGCGAGAUCCUGGAGGAGUCGCCCUGCGGACGCUGGCUGAAGCGGCGAGAGGAGGUGGACCAGCGCGACGUGCCCGGGAUCGAUUGCGUCCAUCUGGCCAUGGACACCGAGGAGGGCGUGGAGGUCGUGUGGAACGAGGUGCAAUAUGCCAGCCUGCAGGAGCUUAAGUCGCAGGAGGAGAAGAUGCGGCAGGUGUUUGACAACCUGCUGCAGCUGGACCACCAGAACAUCGUCAAGUUCCACCGCUACUGGACGGACACGCAGCAGGCGGAGCGGCCCCGGGUGGUCUUCAUCACCGAGUACAUGUCGAGCGGGUCGCUAAAACAGUUCCUCAAGCGCACCAAGCGCAACGCCAAACGGCUGCCUCUGGAGUCGUGGCGCCGCUGGUGCACCCAGAUCCUGUCCGCGCUCAGCUAUUUGCAUUCCUGCUCGCCGCCCAUCAUCCACGGCAACCUAACCUGUGAUAGCAUCUUCAUCCAGCACAACGGCCUGGUCAAGAUCGGCUCGGUGGUCCCGGACGCGGUGCACUACAGCGUUCGGCGGGGCCGCGAGCGGGAGCGGGAACGCGAGCGGGGCGCUCACUACUUCCAGGCGCCGGAGUAUGGCGCCGCCGACCAGCUGACCGCCGCGCUCGACAUCUACGCCUUCGGGAUGUGCGCCCUAGAAAUGGCCGCCCUGGAGAUCCAGCCCAGCAACAGCGAGUCGACUGCCAUCAAUGAGGAGACCAUCCAGCGCACAAUCUUCAGCCUGGAGAACGAUCUGCAGCGCGACCUGAUACGGAAGUGUCUCAAUCCGCAGCCGCAGGAUCGGCCCAGCGCCAACGAUCUGCUUUUCCACCCACUGCUAUUCGAGGUGCACUCCCUCAAACUGCUGACUGCCCAUUGUCUGGUCUUUUCGCCCGCCAACCGCACCAUGUUCUCGGAAACCGCCUUCGACGGACUGAUGCAGCGUUACUACCAGCCGGACGUGGUUAUGGCCCAGCUUCGGUUGGCCGGCGGCCAGGAGCGGCAGUAUCGCCUGGCAGACGUUUCGGGCGCCGACAAACUGGAGAAGUUCGUUGAGGACGUCAAGUACGGUGUGUAUCCGCUAAUUACGUACAGCGGCAAGAAGCCGCCCAAUUUCCGUUCGAGGGCUGCCUCCCCGGAGCGAGCUGACUCCGUGAAGUCGGCCACGCCGGAGCCGGUGGACACGGAGUCACGGCGCAUCGUAAACAUGAUGUGCAGCGUGAAAAUCAAGGAAGACAGCAAUGACAUAACCAUGACAAUACUGCUGCGCAUGGACGACAAAAUGAACCGCCAGCUAACAUGCCAGGUCAACGAGAACGAUACGGCGGCGGAUCUCACCAGCGAACUUGUGCGCUUGGGCUUCGUCCAUCUUGACGACCAAGACAAGAUCCAGGUGCUGCUGGAGGAGACGCUGAAAGCAGGCGUUAUGAGCGACGGUGCCGGGGCAGAGAGUUCAGGUGCCGGGGUUACCACCACAGCGACCAUGGCGGCCUUAGAGCAGCUGGAGCGCAAUUGGUCGAUUUCCUCGGACACGGACAAGCAGGGCACUGCCGUGAUGUAUGUACCGCAGGAUCAGCAGCACCCGGAUCUGGACGUGGACGUGGAGCAAAUGGGCACGACGAGCAAUUGAAAGUAUCAGCUUAGUAUUCAGGGCAGGCCGGCGCGUAUUGUUUUUAUUGUAUUGGGAAAUUACACAUAACGAUUUUAUUACUGCUAUUAUUUGUUAUUUUUAUAUAUAUACCUAUAUAUAUGUAUAUGUAUGUAUGUAUUUGAAAUAAUAUUUAUGUAUGUAUGUACCAUAAACGAUGUUAAACCAGGCUUCCAGGCUAAACAAUUCGAUGACAUAGACACACAAACCACACAAGAGGUGGGUCGACUCGCAGAAACUGAAAAUGAUAUAUGUUCUUUAACCCGCAAUCUGGGACUUAGGAACUCUAAAUAUAAAAUUAAUUGUGUUUUUGAUAACGUAGAAGGAAACCCGAAAACCGUAACCGAAAAAUGUAGAAAAUAUUUGCGGUUAAACAUUCUUUGCUUGCCUGCUAAAUACAUUGUUAGUGUUAUAGUUUCUUUGGCAAAAUUGAUUAGAAUUGUUUCGAUCUGAUGUUCCGGACCUAGGAUUUUUACUAAAAUUUCGAUCCACCAACAACACACUUUUGAAUAUACGCAGCUAACUAGCUUACAAAAAUCAAAGCAUUCGCUAAUCAUAACUCUGGAAAAAGCGCGAAUGGAAUUCGCCGCUCCCAAAGCUAGACACAACUCGAUUACGAAAAUCCAGAUACCCUCAGAUUUCGAAAAAAUCAUCUAGACGCCACUUCGAAGGUGAUUUUUUCUAGGACUAUAUCAAAUUUGAUAAAUUAGCCAUGCCGCGACGAGAACAAAACGUAAAACCGCAGUGGAAUGUAUUUAAAUGUAUUACAAAUAUAAACAAAUACGCAAGGCCACGAAAAAUAAUAAAUAAAUUAUUUAACUAAAAACCUAUAUAAACACAAGCAGAGCAUGCAACAAAAAUAAUACACAACAGACAUAGCUACACUAUUAUUAAAUAAAUAAAGAUGGCAACCAGCUGACAAAU